GCACGGCAUAACAGCUCAAUUUUUCAUCAUCGCGUGAAGGCAAAGCGGCUUCUUUUGUUUUAAAUUUAAUAAUUUCCUAAGAAAAAAAGCUUAAAACGGUAAAAAGUGCUGUUUAGAUUGUUCUAUGGUAAAAAUAGUAUCCGUAUCAAGCGUUAGUUUUGAGUUUCGUUUGAAUUCCAAAGCGCUAGCUGCAAAUAUAAAACAGCUCAGCGGCAGCUUGUCGGUCCGGCUGUCCGAACGUAGCUCGGCGAUUUUUUUUGUCUUCGUAGUGGUGUGUCUGUUUUCUCGUUCUGUAUUACAGAAUUGGCUCUUUCUAUUUGGCUUAUGUUUGUCCCCGCUUCAUCAUAAUGAUGGACAACGAUAGUGAUAACGAUAAUGAUCAUGACAACGAUAACGAUGGAGACGGAGAACUGAAUUUGGCCGGUUUCCUGUUCGGCAAUGUCGAUGAGCAGGGUCGGCUGGAAAAUGAUUUUUUGGAUGAAGAAGCCAAACAACAUCUUUCAUCUUUAUCAAGGAUGGGUCUUUCGUCUUUGCUGGAUGAUGUUCUCACGGAUGGCACUGAAAAACCCGUGUACAAUAGUGACAGCGACGAUUCAUCCUCCAGUGAUGAUAAUCGCUAUGAUCGGCACGACGAUGACGGCGGAAACUAUCGUAUCAAAGCCGAUGAUGCAAUCGAUUAUUCCGAUAUCAAUGAAUUAGCAGAAGAUUUGCCUGUGGCAAUCGAGCCAUCCCAGCAGAGAAAAUUACGCAAAGAUUCCGAUGGAGAUGAAGAAGAUUAUGAUGAUAUCGAGGCAUCAAUUCCCGUAAGCAAAGUCGACAUGAAGAAGGUUUCUGGAAGAAGUCGCGAUCGCUCCGAAGAUGACGGUGACGACGAGGAUGAUGGUAUUCCGGAUGAUAAGGAUCUCAUGCCUCCUCCUAGCGCACCAAUAAGCGGAGCAGAUGGCGAAGAUCCAGCAUCAGAAAAACCCAAAGUAGAACGAAAGUUAGAUACACCAUUGGCGGCUAUGUUGCCAUCAAAAUAUGCCGACGUUGACGUUCGAGAUCUAUUUCCGGAUUUCCGACCGGAUAAAGUUCUUCGUUUUUCUAGAUUAUUUGGUCCUGGCAAAAUUUCCAGCUUACCUCAAAUAUGGCGAAGUGUGCGUCGCCGUCGAAAGAAGAAACAACAAAAGCUAAAAAUGAAAGAUGGUUCAGAUUCAACCUCAGAUUCUGAUGAACCCAAGAGGAGAAGAGGUUUUGAUUUUGUGUAUGCGCCUGCACCUUCCCGAGACCAUUGGGUUUCCGAUGAUGAGGACAAACUGUUAAGUUUAACUAGAGAAGAAGAAAAAGAAGAAAAGCCCUUAAACGAUAGCAAUGGCGAUUCUAAACCAAAAGUGGCAGACUGGAGAUUUGGACCAGCUCAAGUUUGGUAUGAUAUGUUAGAUGUCCCAGAAACAGGCGAAGGUUUUAAUUACGGGUUUAAGCAAACAGACCGUAGGGAGGAAGUAGAUAUCAAAGGAGAACCGAUUCCGGAUGACGCAUUUCUAAUGGUUUCUCAGUUGCACUGGGAAGACGACGUGGUUUGGGAUGGAAAUGACAUCAAACACAAAGUUAUGCAGAAGCUCAAUUCAAAAAUAAACGCGGCUGGUUGGGUACCUUCCAGUGGUUCUCGAACAGCUGGAGCCUUCAGUCAGCCGGGAAAAAGUAUACCUGCAUCACCCGCAGUUGGAAGUUCUAAGCCGAUGAGCUCUGCCCAAAGUAAAAUGAGUAAAACGCAAAUGAUAAUCAAUGCUGCUCAAAACAAACAGGAAGAAUCUGACGAUACCUGGUACAGCAUUUUCCCUGUCGAAAAUGAAGAACUUGUCUACAGUAAAUGGGAAGAUGAGGUCAUUUGGGAUGCAGAGUGUGUGAGCAAAGUUCCCAAACCAAAAGUUCUCACUUUAGAUCCCAAUGAUGAAAAUAUCAUUCUUGGCAUUCCGGAUGAUAUCGAUCCGUCAAAGAUUAUCCGAAAUACUGGUCCUGCACCGAAGGUUAAAAUCCCACAUCCUCAUGUCAAAAAGUCGAAAAUUUUGCUCGGAAAGGCUGGCGUAAUCAACGUUCUUGCCGAAGACACUCCACCACCACCACCCAAAAGUCCUGAUCGUGAUCCGUUCAACAUAUCCAACGAUGUUUACUAUAUGGCCAAAUCUUCGGAAGCAACUCUUAAACUCAAAGUCGGAGGUGGAAACUUACUACAACACUCAACUCCAGUUGUCGAACUUCGAGCUCCAUUUAUUCCCACUCAUAUGGGUCCGAUGAAAUUGCGUAUGUUCCAUCGACCACCGAUGAAAAAAUAUUCUCACGGAGCACUUUCCUCCAUCGAUCCCCAACCUGUUUUACCACUCCUCAAACACAUAAAAAAGAAAGCCAAACAACGCGAAAUGGAACGGAUUGCUUCUGGUGGUGGAGAUGUCUUCUUCAUGCGCACUCCUGAUGAUCUUUCAGGUCGUGACGGAGAACUUAUCUUGGUGGAAUUCUGCGAAGAACAUCCUCCUCUUAUGAAUCAGGUUGGAAUGGCCACGAAAAUAAAGAAUUAUUACAAACGAAAGGUGGCCAAAGAUGCUGGACCCCAGGAAUAUCGCUUCGGAGAAAUUCACUUUGCGCACACUUCACCUUUCCUCGGAAUUCUGCAUCCUGGUCAGUGCAUACAGGUGGUUGAAAAUAACAUGUACCGGGCGCCGAUUUACCCACAUACCGUUCAGGAAUCCGAUUUUCUAGUUAUCCGUACCCGUAGCAGCUAUUUCGUUCGAGAAAUUGAUGCCCUUUUCACUGCUGGCCAAGAAUGUCCGUUGUACGAGGUGCCCGGACCAAACUCUAAACGGGCGAAUAAUUUUGUCCGAGACUUUUUGCAAGUUUUCAUCUAUCGUUUGUUCUGGAAGAGCAAAGACAAUCCACGCAAAAUUCGUAUGGAUGACAUCAAAAAAGCCUUUCCGGCACACUCUGAGAGUAGCAUUCGGAAGCGCUUGAAGCAAUGCGCCGAUUUCAAGAGAACAGGUAUGGAUUCGAAUUUUUGGGUCAUUAAACCCGAGUUUCGGCUCCCUUCGGAGGAGGAAAUCCGCGCGAUGGUCUCUCCCGAACAGUGCUGUGCGUAUUUCAGCAUGAUAGCUGCUGAGCAGCGCCUCAAAGAUGCUGGCUACGGCGAGAAGUUUAUUUUCGCUCAGCAAGAGGACGACGACGAAGAAAUGCAGCUAAAGAUGGAUGAUGAGGUAAAGGUGGCUCCCUGGAACACCACGAGGGCCUACAUACAGGCAAUGAGGGGAAAAUGUAUCCUACAGCUGAACGGCCCUUGUGAUCCAACCGGUUGCGGCGAAGGGUUCUCGUAUGUACGAAUGCCAAACAAACCUACGCAAAACAAAGAGGAAAUAGAAAGCCAGCCGAAGCGUACUGUCACUGGAACGGAUGCCGAUUUGCGUCGACUUUCGCUGAACAAUGCCAAAGCUUUGCUACGCAAAUUCCAAGUACCGGAAGAGGAAAUAAAAAAAUUAUCCCGCUGGGAGGUUAUUGACGUUGUACGAACGUUGUCCACGGAAAAGGCAAAGGCCGGCGAAGAAGGAAUGGAUAAGUUUUCGCGUGGUAAUCGUUUUUCCAUCGCCGAACAUCAAGAGCGUUACAAGGAAGAAUGCCAGCGGAUCUUCGAUCUGCAAAAUCGAGUUCUUGCUUCGUCGGAAGUUCUCUCUACAGACGAGGGUGAAUCGACGGCUUCUGAAGAAUCCGAUUUGGAGGAACUAGGUAAAAAUUUGGAAAAUAUGUUGGCCAACAAGAAAACUUCCACUCAACUGUCGCUGGAGAGGGAGGAACAGGAAAGGCAGGAAUUGCUCAGAAAAAUAAUGGAAGAACAGGGCAGCUCGAAAGGAGGAAAAAAAGGGAAGGAUGAUGAUUUAAAGGAGAUUCCUCCUCCUACUACAAAAAUUCUCAAAAUUACACGAACAUUCAAAAACUCUGAAGGUCGCGAAUUCACUAGGGUGGAAAUUGUUCGAAGAUCGCCGGUCAUCGAUGCGUAUGUUAAAAUUCGAACCACUAAAGACGAAGCCUUCAUUCGUCAGUUUGCCACUCUGGAUGAAGCGCAGAAGGAGGAAAUGAAGCGAGAAAAAAGACGAAUUCAAGAACAACUUCGUCGUAUUAAACGUAAUCAACUGAAAAUUGGCAUGCUUCAGCAGCAAAAUCAACAGCAACACUCGGUGGGUACACCGAUUAGUCUUGGUGAUCGCGAAACUCCGGGCAGUUCCAAAUCGAACACCAGCCUUUCGACGCCCAAAGAAAGUCACACUAAGGAGAGCAGCCCAUCGUCUCGAAAGAAAGUUAAAUUGAAGCCAGAUUUGAAACUUAAGUGUGGUGCCUGUGGUCAAGUGGGUCACAUGAGAACAAACAAGGCUUGUCCGCUGUACACGGGAACAGUUCCAACUCCAUCGGUGAAUGUGGCCAUGACCGAGGAACAAGAGGAAGAAAUUGAAAAAGAAUUGAACGCAGAUGAUGAGGAUUUGGUUAACGUCGACGGUACUAAAGUAAAGUUGAGCGGAAAGUUGCUGAAGCGCCACGAAGAUGUAAAGAGAAGAACGCUUCUGUUGAAGGUUCCCAAAGAAGCAGUAGGAAAGAAAAAACGGCGGGUUGGUGGCGAUGCCAACUGCGAUUACCUCAAGCGCCACAAAACAGCCAACCGCAGGAGAACGGAUCCACUGGUGGUAUUUUCUUCGAUACUGGAACAACUUUUGAACGAACUGCGAGAUAUGCCGGACGUUGCUCCGUUUAUGUUCCCGGUCAAUGCUAAACAGGUUGUAGAUUACCAUAAAAUAGUACAGAGGCCGAUGGAUUUGCAAACUAUUCGAGAGCACAUUCGCCAAAAGAAGUACCAAACGAGAGACGAAUUUAUUGCAGAUAUCAAUCAAAUAGUGGAAAACUCCUCCCUGUACAACGGAGCCAAGAGUUCACUUACGAUUGCAGCCCAAAGGAUGCUGCAAAAAUGUAAGGAUCGGAUGCAGGAAAAAGAAGACCGCCUAGCUCGGCUCGAAAAAAGUAUCAAUCCUCUGUUGGACGAUGAUGAUCAGGUGGCCUUGUCCUACAUGCUUGGAGAGUACGUGAACGGUCCGCUGAAGGCUAUGCCUGAAAGUUGGCCAUUUUUGAAACCGGUCAACAAGCGGUUAGUUAAAGAUUACUACACCAUCAUUCGGAAGCCGAUGGAUCUGGAAAAGGUGUCCAAGAAAAUUGCUACUCACAAGUACCACUCGAGAGCGGAUUUCCUACAGGAUAUAAUUCUAAUUGCCGACAAUUGUGAAACGUACAAUGGAGCGGAGGCCAAUUUUACCCGACAGGCCCGCCACAUGGUCGAAGUUGUGCGACAAGCUUUGGAUGCUAUGGAUAACAUGGGCCAGCUUGAGAAAAACAUUGCACUCGUUCAAGAACGUGCUCGCAAUGAAGAUAUCGAUUGGGAAGACGACGAACGCGAUGCGAAGUUUUUCCAAGGUUCUCGAGAUACUUCGCCAGAUUACGGCGAAGGCGAUACCAGCAAUUUGGAACGGCCUUCAUCAGCUGGGUCGAUGAAUUCAAGCCGACCCGGUCCCAGUGGAUUGGCAAAAAAAAGCAUGUUCGACGCCAGCAAGAAGAUUCGUGGCAGACCGAAGAAAAAUCAUCCCGAAGAAGAAUUCCCUGGCAUGGCGAUGUCGCAGAUGAUGAACAAGAUGCUGGCGAAACGGGUCCGUGGUCGGCCAAAAAAAGAAGGUUUUCUUUCGCACAGCAGGGACGGGGUGCUCGUCCACGAUGAUAAUAGUACCCAGAGUAGUUUUCAUGGUGAUCUUCAUCAUCACCAACCGUAUCAGGCAAAUCGUCUAAUGGUGUCUGCGAAUCCCAUGUCGAUGGCGGCUGCUGGUUCUUCUGGGAUUCCUAUUGGUGCAUCAACUUCGGAUUUAUGGGUCAACGAUCCAUCGGCUUCGGCCUAUGAAAUGAACUGGAUGGCCAAUACUGGCACUUCGGUUACGGACGGCAGGCAAAUAAAAAGUGAACCCACCAGUAAUUACCCAUAUGGUGAACAACAACGACAGCAAUCAUUCCAACGGCAGCACGGUGGAAGCUUUCUAGGUAGUGGCAGUAGAUUCGUAAAAAGUUUCAAACGAGAAGGAGGUGGUCAAUAUUCUUCGGAUGAUGAGGAAUUUGAAGAGGUAACUAUGAGUGACAACGAGGGCGUUUCGGUGAUGCUGGAUCAAUCGAAUGCGGCUUCCAGUUCAUCAAUGCUGCAGCCUACGGAGGGUGCAGGCGAUGGCCACCAGGCAGCGGAUGCUGCAGUUAAUCAACAACAGCAACUAUUCAACCAAACAGCGGAUGAAUCGCUGGAGAUUGAUCCCAAUUACGAUCCCAGUGAUUUCCUGUCCGGUAUGACUAACCGACCAUUGGGUGCCGGUAAUGAUCAGGCCGAUCUGCUUGUCGGUGGUAGCCAGUUUCAGUUUCAGCAACAGAAUCAACCUUUGGAUGAAAAUAUGCAGCAGCAAUUCCAACAGCCGCAGCAAUAUCAGCAAAUCGACGUUCAACAAAGUCAAAUCCAGCAACAGCAAUUGUAUUCGCAACAGGAGCAGACGACGUCGAGAUUGCCACCUUUGUCAUCGCUGCAUAAAGAUCUCGCUAUCUCGGAUAGUGACGACGAGCAGAAUAAUCUUCAAAUGGACGUCUUCAACAAUGGAAACGAGAACGACGAUAAUGAUGACGGUGGUGGUUUGUGGUUUUAAAGCGAGUACUUUAUAUUAGAUCCAGAUUGUUAAUAAUAUACCUAUUCGAUUAGUUAUUCGAUAUAAAAGA